AUGAAGUUCUUGAGCACCCUUGUCGGCUUCGCCGGCCUAUGCGCCGCUCUCCCCCACAACACCAGACAGAGCUGGCCCAAUGGCCCUCUUGUGGCUAACGGAGGCGAGGCCGUCGAUGCCUCUGGCAACCGCGUUGUCUUCGCCGGAACCAACUGGCCUGGCCACGGCGAGGUCAUGGUCCCGGAGGGUCUGCAGUUCCUCUCCGUUGAGGGCGUCGUCUCCAAGAUCAAGAGCAUUGGCAUGAACGCCAUUCGCCUGACGUAUGCCAUUGAGCUCGUCGACCAGAUCUACGACAACGAUGGCAAGGACAUCGACUUGAAGACCGCCUUCGUCAACGGCCUUGGCGAGACGAACGGCACUGCUGUGCUGGCUCAAGUCUUGGCCAACAACCCUUCCUUCACGGAGGCGACCACCCGUCUCGAGGUCUACGAUGCCAUCGCUGCCGAGUGCGAGAAGCAGCAGGUCUACAUCCUCCUCGACAACCACAUGUCCAAGGGCAAGUGGUGCUGCUCCGGAGACGACGGAAACACCUGGUGGGGUGACACCGAGUUCAUUGCAUCGAACUGGGUUCGCGGACUGACAUACAUGGCCAACCACGGCAAAUCCUGGCCCGCCUUCGUCGCCAUGUCCCUCCGCAACGAGCUCCGCCAAGCCACCAACAACCCCGACCUCGUCUCCGCCUCCUACCACUGGCAAGACUGGUACAAGUACAUCCAGCAGGGCACCAACGCCAUCAACGGCGCGAACCCCGACGUGCUCAUCUACCUGUCCGGCCUCAACUACGACACCACCGUCGCGCCCGUCUUCGAGGGCACCGCGCUCGAGCCCGGCACCGAGACCUUCAACCUCGCCGACUUCGAGGGCUACGCCAACAAGCUUGUUCUCGAGAUCCACAACUACGAGGGCUCCAUCGGCAGCUGCGACUCGCUCAAGUACAACCUGUACCACAAGGGCUUCCAGGCGGCGAACGCCAGCGACCCCGAGACGGUCAAUGUGUUCCCUGUCGCGCUGACGGAGUUUGGGUUCAACAUGAAUGAUAACACGUACCAGAAUGUGUACUCUACCUGCUUGUCGGAGUACCUGCCUGAGUACAAGGCUAGUUGGUUCAUUUGGGUGUUGGUUGGAAGCUACUACACCCGCCAGGGCACGCAGAACUUUGAUGAGAGCUGGGGAUUGUUGAAGGCUGACUGGUCUGACUGGAGGAACCAGGAUUAUGUUGACCAGCAGCUGGCGCCCAUGGUCGCUGCCUCUUUGGCAUAA